AUGAUAUUGAGGUUCGUUAGCAAAGACGGCCAGUUCAGGCUGACGGUACAGCCCGAGGAUACCUUUUCCGCCAUUCUGCCCCAGGUCGCCGAAAAGCUACCAAAGAAUGUCGAUAUCCAGAGCAUCAGCGUUAGCAACCGCCCGCAAGGAGGCGACGCGAGGAAACUGGCUGAACUCAAGGGCGUGAGCUUCAAGCAAGUGGGACUAUCAAACGGCGCGCAACUGUUUCUGUCCUUCGAAGAGCAGUCUUCAGAGUCAAACGCCCAUGCUGCAGCACCAACUGGUGGCUCACGGCUGAAUGGCAAACCCGUCGAAGCCACCGACAUGGCCUCUGUACCCCUCGGCUCUCCUACACAAACUAUAAAGAACCCAUGGGAGGUUGUCAGGCAGUCACCACUCGACGACAGGCUAGACAGGCAAGACGGCAAGAUCCCUAGGAAACGCGACGCUCGCAUGUGCUCCCACGGACCGAAGGGCAUGUGCGAUUACUGCAUGCCUCUAGAGCCCUACUCGCCCGCAUAUCUCGCCGAGAAGAAGAUCAAGCAUCUUUCCUUCCAUUCAUACCUCCGCAAAGUCAACUCGGCCAAGAACAGGCCAGAGCUUGGUAGCUCGUACAUGCCUCCGCUGACCGAACCCUACUACCGCGUACGCCCCGACUGUCCAUCGGGACACAAGCCAUUCCCCGAAGGUAUCUGCACCAAGUGCAUGCCCAGCGCCAUCUCCCUGAAGCCGCAAGAAUACCGCAUGGUAGACCACGUCGAGUUCGCCUCGAUACAGGUUGUUGAUGAUGUGAUCAACUUCUGGAGGCAGACUGGCUGUCAGCGACUAGGUUUCUUGUACGGCAGGUACGAGGAGUAUACCGAGGUGCCGCUGGGAACAAAGGCUGUUGUCGAGACCAUCUACGAACCACCGCAAGUCAACGAGGCAGACGGUAUUUCGCUGGGUGAUUGGGAUAACGAAAAGGAGAUUGAUGACAUCGCCGCACAGUGUGGGCUGCAACGCGUCGGCGUCAUCUUUACCGAUCUGCUCGACGCCGAUAAGGGUGACGGCUCUGUCGUUUGCAAGCGACACGCCGACUCAUACUACCUUUCCUCUCUCGAAGUCACAUUCGCGGCACGAUAUCAGGCAAAGUACCCUCGGCCAUCCAAAUGGAGCGACACCGGACGACAUGGGUCCAACUUUGUUACCUGCGUAAUCAGCGGCGACGACCAAGGUCAGAUUGGCAUUUCGUCAUACCAGGUAUCCAACGAUGCCGUCGAGAUGGUUCGCGCAGACAUCAUCGAGCCUUCAGCAGAGCCAUCAGUCAUGCUUGUCCAAUCCGAAGAGGAAAACGAAGCUUUGAACAAGGCGCGGUACAUCCCCGAAGUUUUCUACCGAAAGAUCAACGAACAUGGUGCAAAUGUACAGGAGAUUGCUAGACCUGACUUUCCUGUCGAGUAUCUCCUCCUCACACUAACACAUGGUUUCCCCACUCAGCCAAAUCCUCUCUUCACCGGCGGCAAGUUUCCUAUUGAAAAUCGUGAAGCCAUGGGCGAGAUGCCAGAGAUCACACACCUCAGCAAAGCGCUCAACGCUAGAGCCAACGGACUGGCGCUCAAUACGAACAGCGGCCUCAACGCCAUCUCAAAUUUCCAUAUGCUGUGCUUCAUCCACAAUCUCGGCAUUCUAUCAAAGGACGAAGAGGCACUGCUCUUCAAGGUCGCUUCGACACACGACACAUCAGAAGGCUCAGCACUCCAACAUACGGGUGGCUGGGCAACUCUUCUGACCAUUCUCAAAGAAAGUGGUGAGCGCCCCCCGAAACGUUCCUAUGCUCCUUCGCAGCCCCAGCUGCGGCAGCAGCCGUCCUAUGGCUCAGACUCCGAUUCUGCUGUACAGUUGGCUAAGAGGGUAAAGGGGGUUAAGCUUGGGAAGUAG